AUGUGUUAUGUGCAGUGGUGGAAAAAAUGUAGACAAAUAUUAGUUGACAAAGAGCAACGGUCGCUGCAAAGUAUAUUGUGGCGGGAAGAUCCGAAAGACGAGUUGCAUGAAUUCGAAUUGAACACCGCGACCUACGGUACGAAACCCGCGUCAUUUUUAGCCGUAAGGUGUCUGCACCAGUUAGCGGAAAUCGAAAAAGUAAACUACCCUAGAGCAGCUGAAGUAUUGUAUAACAAUUUUUAUAUGGAUGACCUCUUAACGGGAAGUAACACAAGCGCGGAAAUCUUACUCUUGAAAGAGGAAUUAAUAGAAUUGCUAGGUAAAGGAGGAUUCAAAUUGCACAAAUGGAGGAGUAACGUAGAGACGGUUAAGGAAAAUAAGCAGUUUAAAAAUGAAAGCUUAGAUAUUACUAAGGAAAAAGAGUCAAGAUUACUAGGGGUAUUAUGGAACCCACAUAAAGAUAUAUUUCAAUAUGAAGUAGACAUAAGGGAGACAGAUCAACGUGUAACAAAGAGGAAAGUGUUAUCGCAAACAUGUAAGCUGUAUGAUCCGUUAGGUUUAGUAGGGCCGGUAAUAACUUCGGCGAAAAUUCUAAUGCAAAAAAUGUGGAGUUCAAGUCUAAAAUGGGACGAAUCAGUGCCCAUGCACAUUCAUAGGGAAUGGGAACGUAUAAGAUCACAAUUGCAUAUACUCAAUGAACUACGAAUACCUAGACUAAUUGUAUCAGGCGAAGGCCAGGUUCAACUACAGCUGCAUGGGUUUUGUGACGCAAGCGAGGCGGCGUAUGGUGCAUGCGUGUAUAUACGAGAAAGAAACAAGCGAGGAGAAAUCACGGUUACCCUAGUUUGCUCCAAAUCACGCGUGGCACCGAUGAAAGCGUUAUCGCUGCCCCGGUUAGAGCUAUGUGGAGCCGUUUUGCUAGCCAAAUUAAUGAAUCGAGUAUUAAUAAACCUAAAGUUAAACGUAGCGCAAAAGUUUUACUGGACGGACUCUAAAAUUGUAUUAGCCUGGAUAGACUCCUCCUCUAGAAAAUGGCACAUAUUUGUCGCGAACCGAGUAAGCGAAAUACACAAUGAUUCCACACCUUCCGAAUGGGGUCACGUAGGAACUAGAGACAAUCUCGCGGAUCUAAUAUCGAAGGAUGCUACAUCAGAGCAAUUAGUGAAUUCUAACAUUUGGUGGAAUGGACCUCAGUAG